CAUAUUAGUGUGCAGAUUGGUGUUCGAGUGUGAAUUACUUGCGAUGUCGUAUUUAAACGUUGCCUGCACGAUUUUUGGUGUCUAAUUUGUACACAUAACCUAUAAAAACGAGCAAACUUUGUACUGUUGCAAAAUUACCGAAAUAAAUCAUAUCUUAGUACCGUUUCGUGUUUCUGUCGUCGUAAAUCGAUACUAAUACGCCGUAAAAUGUUCAACGCCAACGCCGCAAACAGGAGAAUAAGAGCUUUAACUCAAAUCUUCAACAGCGUUAAACCACAAAACAUGGAAUUUAAAAACGUUAGGGCUUACAUUGCCAGCGACACCGUAUCAAUAGGGGACAUAAUUAAAGAAAUCGGGAAAGUUAAACACCCGGAAUAUGUUCCCAGACUUUAUUAUAAGGACGAUUUGCCUCAAACUACGCUCCACCACAUGCGAUGGAUGAUGCAAAAGGACGUCCUCGGGCAAGACAUAUUUCUCAUAGGACCUCCAGGUCCGCGGAAAAGAACUUUGGCUAUGCAAUAUUUGGAGUUGACCAACCGGGAGCACGAGUAUGUGUCACUGAGCCGGGACACGACUGAAUCUGACUUGAAGCAGCGCCGAGAGAUUGUCGGCGGCACGGCCAAAUAUUUCGAUCAAAGCGCAGUGCGGGCUGCCACAGAAGGAAGAAUAUUGAUCCUAGAAGGAGUGGAAAAAGCUGAAAGGAAUGUAUUGCCAGUAUUAAAUAAUUUGUUGGAAAAUCGGGAAAUGAACUUGGAAGACGGCCGAUUUUUGAUACCGGCGGCGCGUUACGACCAGCUACUGGAGAGGCAUGGCGCUGAAGAAUUGCAAAAGUGGAAACUGGUGAGGGUCAGUGAAAACUUCAGGGUGAUUGCUUUAGGCCUGCCUGUGCCAAAGUAUAGGGGCAACCCCCUGGAUCCGCCAUUGAGAUCGCGUUUCCAAGCGCGCGACGUCUCCACCAAUAGUUAUCAGGAGUGGCACAAUGAGCUGAACGCCCUUGCCCCAAACGCCCCUAAAGAUAAGAUCGACAAGCUCUUGUCUUGCGCGUUCGCCCUUCUCAACGAAGACACCAAGUUCUUGUUGUUGCCCGACUUUCCCGUUGACAACCUGAAAACCGCCGUCAGGAUCCUGAACGAAAACCCGGACGUCCAGCCGCACGAGAUCCUCUACCGCCUAUAUCCCUACAGGACGUUCCUCGGUGACGGCGUCCAAAGCGUCGAAUCCCUUUUGUCCGCGUUCAUCGACCUCCCCCAGAACCACAUCCAACGAGACACUCUUCCUAAGCUCCCCGACGCCUCUAAAUCGAUCCUUCCGGAUACCUACGUUGAGACGAUCUACCAGAACCGGGUCCUCCUCCAAAUGCUGCAGACAUCCAAGACCUCGGACUUUUGCGUCGUUGGUUCAAGCGGAUCCGGAAAAACCAUGCUUCUGGAAAAGCUGGCUUCCCUCUUGGGCAACGAAACGGAGACCAUCGUUUUAUAUCAAGACAUGACCGCCAGGGACUUGAUUCAACAACGGACCACCUUGGACAACGGCGAUACAGUCUGGACCUUCGCGCCGCUGGUGAAGGCCGCGUUAGAAGGCAAACUCGCCAUCUUGGACGGCAUCCACAGGAUCCACCCCAGCACGUUUUCCGUUUUGCACAGAUUGGUCCACGACCGAGAACUUCAGCUCUACGACGGCAAACGCUUGAUCGGCAGCGAACGGUACCGUUUCUUGACGGACAAACUUGGAUUGACCAUGGAGGAGCUAGAGGCAAGGGGUGUAUACGAGAUCCACCCUCGAUUUCGGCUAGCGGCGGUGGGGGAACCCCCCAACGCCCGUUCCGGCGACGGUAAUUGGAUGUCGCCUGAAAUGCUGAGCCUGUUUUUGUACCACGAAUUGCGUACGCUGAGCAAGAGCGAAGAGAUGCACGUAAUCACGACGAAGUUCGGGCCCAUCGGCGGAAACCUCCACAAAAUCAUCGACCUGGCCCACACUCUGAGGGAUAACCGCGAUCCCGCCCUCAAAGACCUCUCCGGCCACUUGUCGACUAGACAAUUGCUGAGGAUCGCGGCCCGCAUGCGCCACUACGAGUCGCACGACGCAUACGACAUGCUCUCGGAGACUUUCAUGACGAAGUUCCUGCCGCAGCUGACGCGGAAGUCCCUGGAGAAUACGAUUAGGAGCGUCGGAAUUGUGCCCGAAGAAGUCAUGGACACGGACCAGUUGGAUAAACUCGCGUGCCACGUCAACGACGGCGUCGUCACUAUAGGCCGCACGUCGGCGCCGGUCUAUCAAUCCAAGAGCCUGACGAAAGUGCCUCACGUGGUGUUCUACGACAUCCCGCAGCACGUGAAACUGAUGGAGUCGAUGCUGCGCGACUUCCAGCUGGGGUACGACCUGCUACUGGUCGGCAACCAGGGCGUCGGCAAGAAUAAAAUCGUCGACCGCUUCCUCGAGCUGCUGAACCGCCCCAGGGAGUACAUCCAGCUUCAUCGGGACACCACGGUGCAAACCUUGACCACUCAGCCGACGGUCAGGGACGGCGUGCUCGUUCACGAAGACUCACCGCUCGUAAAGGCGAUAAAAUUCGGCCACGUGCUCGUCGUCGACGAAGCCGACAAGGCACCCACGCACGUCACGUGUAUACUGAAGACGCUAGUCGAGUCAGGUCAGAUGAUCCUCGGCGACGGCCGCAAAAUCAGCCGCGGUAGCGGUGGAGAUAUCCGAGUUCACCCCGAUUUCCGGAUGAUCGUCUUGGCCAACCGACCUGGGUUUCCCUUCCUCGGCAACGAUUUCUUCGGGGCACUCGGCGACUUGUUCAGCUGCAAGGCGGUCGAAAACCCGUCCAGGGAGUCGGAAAUCGAACUCCUCCGUAUGUAUGGCCCCGACGUGCCGCUCCAGGUCAUAGAGAAGCUGGUGGGUGUUUUCGGGGAGUUGAGGACGAUGGCCGAUGACGGCUUACUCAAUUACCCUUACUCUACCAGGGAGGUCGUCAACAUCGUCAAGCACAUUCAAAGGUUUCCACGCGCGGACCUCGAGGAUGUGGUGUUUAACGUGUUCGAUUUCGAUCGUUACAGUCCGGAACUGUUGGAGGCCGUCGGGGAAGUUCUCGUCAAGCACGGCUUCUCCGGCAAGAACGUGAUCACUUCUGAAUAUAUGGCUGUCAAACGGGCAAGGGAACGCCUCCAGGUAACGGUGAACAGGCAUAGUGGGUUAGACACGUCAGCUCCGAAACACGGCAAAGAGGACCCCAAAAACGAACCUCACGUUGGAGGUAACACUUGGGCUGGCGGUACUGGAGGCAGAGACACCGCGGGUCUGGGAGGCAAAGGAGGUCCUUACCGCUUGGACAAGGGACACCAAGUGCACCAGUUGUCGGACGAGGAGAAGGCGUCCGUACCGGAGCACGUCCAAAGAGCCGCGCGGGAGAUGGGACGCAAGGCCUUCCAAGAAAAGUUGAAGGAGAUUGGGAUGUCUGGGUACGACCACAACGUGUACUCGCAGUUCUCCGACGCCGUAGCCAGGCAAGUGCAGUCUCUGAGGGUGAUUCUGGGUAACCUGCAGGCGAAAAAUAAGGAACGACACUGGUCGAGGCAUCAGACUUCCGGUGAACUGGACGACGUCAAACUGAUCGACGGGCUCUUGGGGGAGAAGACAAUAUUUCGUAGGAGGGCGGACCAGGAGCCGGAAGUAGGGGCGCCCCAGCUCAAACCCAAACUCUUCCGCGUGGUAGUGGACGUAUCGGGGAGUAUGUACAGGUUCAAUGGCUACGACGGUCGGCUAGACAGGGAACUGGAGGCGGUAGUGCUCGUGAUGGAAGCGUUCGACGGUUUCGAAGAUAAAAUCAGGUACGAUAUCAUAGGGCACUCGGGGGAUUCGCACAAGAUCGUCUUUGUGCCGCGAGAUAAACCACCCAAAAACGACAAGGAACGGCUCGAUGUGCUCAGGGGGUUUCAGACCAUGCACGCGCACUCGCAGUACUGUUGGUCGGGUGACAACACGUUGCAGUCGACUGAAUGGGCCGUGUCGACGCUAGCCGAGGAAGACUGCGACGAAGCCAUUUUGGUGAUGAUGUCGGACGCUAACCUGCAGAGGUACGGCAUACCGGCGUCCAGGCUGGCGGAGGCGCUCACGAUGAAACCAAAAGUGAGCUCCUACGCGAUAUUUAUCGGAGGCCUUGGAGAUCAAGCUGAGAGGUUGACCGAGAGGUUACCUUUGGGACGAGCUUUCGUCUGCAACGACACCCGAGAACUGCCCCAGAUCUUGAAGCAGAUCUUCUCAUCGACAGUGAACGUUUGACGUUGUUUUUGUUUUGUUAUCGUUUAAUAAAAA